GCUUAACUCAUCGUAUUCGUUGUUUUCGCAGCAAAUGGCGGACGACGCCGGUGGUAGAGGAGGUUUCCGUGGAGGUUUCGGUACCGGUGGCCGGGGACGCGGCCGUGGCCGAGGCAGGGGUCGCGGGCGAGGCCGUGGAGCCCGGGGGGGCAAGGCCGACGACAAGGAGUGGGUCCCUGUGACCAAACUUGGUCGCCUGGUGAAGGACAUGAAGAUCAAGUCUUUGGAAGAGAUAUAUCUUUACUCCCUCCCCAUCAAGGAGUCUGAGAUUAUUGACUUCUUCUUGGGGUCCUCACUGAAAGAUGAGGUCCUGAAAAUCAUGCCUGUCCAGAAGCAAACGAGGGCUGGUCAGCGUACCAGGUUCAAAGCCUUUGUUGCCAUUGGUGACUACAAUGGUCAUGUUGGGCUUGGAGUGAAGUGCUCCAAGGAAGUGGCAACCGCCAUCCGUGGCGCCAUCAUUCUCGCCAAGCUCUCCAUUGUACCUGUGAGAAGGGGAUACUGGGGUAACAAGAUUGGAAAGCCCCACACUGUACCCUGCAAGGUGACUGGUCGAUGCGGUUCGGUCCUUGUGCGUCUGAUCCCAGCACCUCGUGGUACCGGCAUAGUCUCUGCCCCUGUGCCCAAGAAGCUGCUGAUGAUGGCUGGUAUUGAUGACUGCUACACCUCUGCCAGGGGCUGCACAGCCACCUUGGGCAACUUUGCCAAGGCCACAUUUGAUGCCAUCUCAAAGACCUAUAGCUACCUGACCCCAGACCUCUGGAAGGAAACUGUGUUCACCAAGUCUCCAUACCAGGAGUUCACCGAUCACCUGGCCAAGACUCACACAAGGGUGUCUGUGCAGAGGACCCAGGCUGUAGUCCAGCCAGCCUCCUGAAUGGCUUUUUGUACCAUGCCUAAAUAAAAUCUUGUGCAACAAAUGUCUUUGACUAAAUAUAGAGCAUAA